ACGCGUUGAUAAAACCAUAUCUCGCACGAGGCGGCAGUGAUUGGUUCACGGCUGCGGGUGCACGGGAGCAGUACAGUUGGAGGGGUGUGACCGCUGCGCUUCUUCGUGACGUGGAACAUAACUGAAGUCCACUGGGUGCACGAGCCUUCAGACACCAAACUACACUACACAUGUCGUUGAUUCAGUAAUCUGACUGUUCACAGAUCAGCUGGCCCUCAGCUCCUCACCCCGAGGCUGGAACAAAGCCGUUUUCCCACACAGCCCAAAGUUCCGGGUGCUCUGAGAGGGAGGAUGGUGCUGCAGAUGGCGUCCAUAGACAGCGGUGGAUCCAGUUUCACUCCUCUGGUGGUGAUAGAGCUGGCCUCAGACACUAAGGAGGAAGCCAUUGGAUGGCUACUGAGCAGGAUAAGAGACCAGCAACAGAAUGGAGGUGCUGAGCUGCUUGUGGCACAGCUAGGCCCUGGAAUCGGGGUUCAGGAGAAGGAAAACCCCAACAUAUUCUUGGUCGGGGCCUCCCGGCAGAGGCUCCUCUCUGGUGCUGAGGAUGUGGGCCUCUUCAAAGAGUUCAGUGAUGGGUCCAUGAGGGGCUUCACCUGUGCCAACAAACACAACUUCAAAGACUUUGAAGGGGAUGGAGACAACUUCCUCAGCAUGGCUGAGUGUCAGUACAUCAUUAAACAUGAGCUGGACACGUUAAGAGCCAAAGAUGAAACUCAUGUACCAGGAUACACCCAGGUCAAGCUCUACCCCGGGAAAUCUGUCAUUCGCAGAUUGCAGUCCAAAGGCAUCCUGAUCCAAAUGUUUCCUCUGCAUGAAAAGGAGGAACUGAAGAGACUGUCUUUUUCUUGGUACCAAAAGGUGAAGUUGUCCCUUCAGCCGCUGGAUGAUAUCAGACACUACUUUGGUGAGGGCCAGGCUUUCUACUUUGGCUUCCUGGAAUACUUUACCUUUGCCCUGGUGCCUAUGGCUCUCGUUGGGAUACCUUACUAUUUGUUUGACUGGGAGGACUACGACAAAUAUGUGGUCUUUGCUGUUUUUAACUUGAUCUGGUGUACUGUUAUUCUGGAGUUAUGGAAGCGGUUCAGCGCCACGUUAGCCUACCGCUGGGGCACACUGAGCAGGAAGAAAGCCUUCGAGGAACCUCGGCCUGGUUUCCACGGUGUCCUCGGGUUCAACCCUGUGACGGGCCGUGAGGAACCUCUCUACCCCAAUUCCAAGAGGCAGCUGCGCAUCUACCUUGUGUCCCUACCCUUUGUCCUGCUCUGCCUCUACCUGUCCUGCUACGUCAUGAUGAUCUACUUUCAGAUGGAGGGAUGGGCGCUGGCAGUCCACGAUGAGGAGCCCACAUUCUGGACAGGAAUACUGUUGUUCAUCCCCAGCAUUAUCUAUGCUGUGGUCAUAGAAGUUAUGAACCUCAUCUACAGAUACGCUGCUGAGUUCCUCACAGAGUGGGAGAAUCACAGGCUGGAGUCGUCGUAUCAGAAUCACUUGGUCCUCAAAGUAUUAGUGUUCAACUUCUUCAACUGUUUUGCCUCGCUGUUCUACAUCGCCUUCGUCAUGCACGACAUGGCGCUGCUCAGACAGAGUCUGGCCACCCUGCUCAUCACCAGUCAGAUCUUAAAUCAAUUCAUGGAGGCCUUCCUGCCCUACUGGCUCCAGAGGAGACGCAACAAGAAGAUGAUCCGCAAAGUCCAGAAGAGAAGAACUCUGGAGGACAAAGAGCUUCCUCUGGCUGAGCAGGUCCGUCUGGAGGCCGACAUGAGCACAUACUUGGGUACAUUUGAUGACUACCUUGAGCUGUUCCUUCUCUUUGGUUACGUCAGUCUGUUCUCGUGCGUCUACCCUCUGGCGGCUGUCCUGGUGGUGCUGAACAACAUCACUGAGGUUUACUCGGAUGCCUUCAAGAUGUGUCGCGUGUUCAAACGACCCUUCUCCGACCCAGCAACGAACAUAGGAGUCUGGCAGCUCGCCUUUGAAGCCAUGAGUGUGAUCGCUGUUGUGACCAACUUUGCACUGAUCGGCAUGUCUCCACAAGUCAAGGCUUACUUCCCCGAGUCAGAGACACAGCUCAUACUGUGGACGGUGGCUAUUGAGCAUGGACUGCUGGCCUUCAAGUUCAUUCUGACCUUCCUCAUCCCAGAUGUCCCCAAACACAUCCAGAUCAAACUGGCCCGCCUGGAGUUCGAAUCACUGGAGGCCCUCAAGAAAAAGAGACAGCUCCAUGGAGGAAAAUGCUUGAAGCCUCGGAGCUCAGUAAGAUGGUGCAGUGAGGAGGAGAGGAGAGCCUGCAGACACUGAUGGAACCUCCACCCUGCUUCACUCAGCUUUAACACAACAGGCUGCUGUUUACACUGGCGUGCUGACAACCAUUCACCUGUGUGUAUUUUUGUGUUUGUGUGGCUGAUUUUUUCAAGCUUUGGUUCGUUGUUUAUCUUCAGUAUCUUCACAGCAUCACUGAGGUUUAUGGGGAAAAAAAAAAGCAGUUUACUACUCCAGGAGUUGGAAGGCAGAUGAUGUUGUAUGUGCACAGCUGUUCCAGAUG